AUGCCCACUCUCCCACCAUCCCUUCUCUCCCCUCUCCAAACCCCUCACCUCGCGCCAACCUCUGGGUGCAGCUGCUACCGAGUGCGCAACGUGUACUGCUGCAAGCAGGCCCUCUGCGUCUGCCACUCGCUCUGCUUCAACGGCUCCGCGCUCCUCUCCGCCCCCACCCCUCAGCCAACCUCAGGCAGAAACAGACAAAUGACCGGAUCUCUUCCCCCCCCCUGCCUUCCGCCUCAGUACACCCUGAACCAGAUACAGCCAUCCUUAGACGGAGCGAGCAGCAGCAGCAGUGGGAUUACAGACGUGCUGUCUCCCAUCCCCUGCAGUCGCAAGGCAGAGUUCGCUGCCUCUCUCAACAUGGCUCUUACCGAAGCCCCCAUCAGAGGAGGCCUGCAUGCUGCCAGUGAGGACACGUGGCACAAGUGGGUUGGUCGGGGGGGAGGGAAUAGGGACAAGGGAGGGUCGGCAGAGUGGCGGGAUGGCAGCACGCUGCUGAUACCUCUGGACGACCCCACCACCAACGUGGCUCACUUCAUUGGGGGGCUGUUGGGAGGAUGGAUGGGGGAGGGUCAGGGGGGUGUGAAUGAUGUGAGUGGCAGGGAAGGUGGCUCAGAUACUGCUAGUCAACAAUGCAUCAACGCCCACGGCUCUUCCUCUCAUCACACGAUUCCUCCUGCCACGCACCCCUCCUGCUGCCUCCAGGUGUCUGCCUGCUGUGCUUUCCCCACGAUGAGGCAGCACGGCCAGCAGGGGUGGAUCCCCUCCGUGCUCCACAUGCUGCUGCGCAUCGCCCUCGAGCCCCUCCUCAACCACACCGCUUCCUCCCAUCACUUCCCGUCGCUCCCACGAAGCCCUCAAUCUCUAGCCGAUGCGAUCUCGCCUGAAGUGUUAGUGGGAGUGUCCACUGGUGCAGCAGCAAGCACUGGUGCCAGCAGGGGUGGUUUGGAGGUGCUAGCAGGGGCGGUGGAGUUUGAGUCAGCAUUCAGCAGGGCAUCUGAUGCACAUCCCAUGUGCUUCCAUCGCCUUGUGCUGCCAGGCUACCUCAAGGUUCCCCUGCCUGCUCUCACACCUCUAUCCUCUCUCCUCUCCACCCCACUGCCUGCACUCCCUUGUGAUUCCCUUCCGCACGUGUCGCUCAUUUGGGGCAUGGAGCAGGCGGACAUGUUCAAGCACCGCCUCAAGAAGGCCUUCCCCCACCCCGGCCCCGACCCCUUCUGCGCUCUGGCGUCUCCCGACAAUGCCUCUGUGGGAGAUGCGUCUGCUGGGAGCAGUUCAGCUGAUGGUGCCACUGUUCGCCUGCUGUACAUCACUCGCAAUGCAUCGCUCACACGCGGCCGCCGUGUCAUGAGUGAGGAAAGCUCGAAAGCUUUGCUCAACCUGUUUCACCAGCUGAACUUCCAGGUGUGUGCCCUAUCUACCAUGAUGUGGCUCUGUCACUUCUCUGGCCGUCCUGCUGCUUUAUUAGUGCCCAGUGGUACCUUUUCCCUUCUCCCUCCCACUUCCUCCCAUACUGCUUCCUCUCAUACUUCUGUCCCCCAGUUUCUCCCAUUCCCCAUUAUGCUAUUCCCCUAUUUUUCGAUGGGGCCCGCUUCCCCUAUCUCCAAUUACCGCCAACAUAUCGGUCUUCCCCAUAUCCCGAUCCUCGCCCGUUUCCCUUCCACGCCCUCCAAAUCCCACAACCCUCUCUUCUUGCUCCCCUGUGUGCUGGCCCACCAGGUAGUCCAAGUGGAGUUCACGCCGCUCACCUUUGUCCACCAGCUGGCUCUAGUGCAGGCAGCAGACAUCAUCGUCUCCCUGCACGGCGCGGGCCUCACCAACCCCGCAUCAUGUGCUCGCCCCUCGCCCCUCCUAUCCCGGUCCACCAGGUAG